CUGCCCGCGGGGGCUCGGGCCGUGCCGCGGCUCCGCGCCCGCCCGUUCGCCUCAGGGCCCUGAGGGCCAGGCCCGGGGGUCCCGCCGGUGCCCCGGCCCCUCGGCUGGGCCGUCAGACGCCAGGAUCCGCCGCGGGAUCGGGCCUUGGCCCCGGGCGGGGCCGGCGGAACCGGCAGCGAGGUGACUGUUCCAAGAUGUCCCUCUGGAACCUGGUGUCCCACAUGCCACCGGAGGAGUUCAGCAGCCUCUCCGCGGAGUUUCCCCGGAGUCUGCGCUGUCUCCUGGCCGAGUGGCUGGAGAACCAGCCCUGGGAGUUCAUCAAUGGCUCAGACGCCUUCUGCAGCAGCAUGGCCAGCAGGCUGCUCUCGGCCAUGCUGGAGAAGCUCCGCAGUGCUGCCGGCAGCGAUGGGCAGCAGAGCCAGAUCCUGCAGCAAGUCAGCAGCAUCGAGAACACCUUCCGUCGGGACCCUCUGCGGCUGGUGGCCGUCGUGAGAGCCAUCCUGGAGGGUGAGAAGGCGGCCGUGCUCAAACGGGACCACCACCUGCCCCUCAGCUUCCACCGGCAGCAGGAGGAGCUGAAGUUCAGCCUGGGGCUGCAGCGGCUGCAGCACCGAGUCCGUGAGAUCCAGGCGCUCUGCAACGAGGGGCCAGGGCGGGACGGGGCCGUGCAGGGCCCCAUGGCCCCCAGGGAACUGCCCACCCUCAUCCUGGAGGCUGUGAAGGAGCUGGAGGCGGCCAAACAGCAGGUGCUGAAGAGGAUCCAGAUCUGGAAGAGACAACAGCAGCUGGCAGGGAACGGGGCCAUCUUUGAGGAGAAUCUGGCGCCGCUGCAGAAGAGGUGUGAGAGCCUGGUCGAGAUUUACUUCCAGCUGCAGAAGCAGGUGAUGGCAAUGAGCACCGAGCCUGACCUGCUGCCGCGGCUCCUGGAGCGCCUCAACGAGGUGUUGUCCAGCCUGGUCAAGAGCUCCUUCCUGGUGGAGAAGCAGCCCCCACAGGUGCUGAAGACCCAGACCAAGUUCCAGGCAAACGUGCGGUUCCUGCUGGGCCCGCGGCUGCUGAAGGCAGCACCCAAGCCCUACGUGGUGAGGGCUGACAUGGUGACAGAGAAGCAGGCACGGGAGCUGGAGCUCAGCAACUACAGCAACACCCUCAGUGAGAGCACGGGGGAGAUCGUGCACAACACGGUGGCCCUGGAGACCAACCCCACCAGCGGGACCUGCUGCGCCAACUUCAAGAACGUGCUGCUGAAGAAGAUCAAGCGCUGUGAGCGGAAGGGCUCUGAGUCGGUGACAGAGGAGAAAUGCGCCGUCCUGUUCAGCACCAACAUCGCCUUGACCCACAGCAACGUCUCCAUCCACCUCCAGGUCCUGUCUCUGCCCAUCGUGGUCAUCGUCCACGGGAACCAGGACAACAACGCCAAAGCCACGGUGCUGUGGGACAACGCCUUCUCUGACAUUGAGCGGGUGCCCUUCGUGGUGGCCGAUCGAGUGCCCUGGGACAAGAUGUGUGACACCCUGAACCUGAAGUUCAUGGCAGAGGUGCAGACCACCAAGGGGCUCCUCAAGGAGCACUACUUCUUCCUGGCCCAGAAGAUCUUCAAUGACCACAGUGCCAGCCCUGAGGACUUCCAGGGCCGCCAGGUCUCCUGGGCCCAGUUCAACAAGGAGAUCCUCCCUGGCCGGGGAUUCACCUUCUGGCAGUGGUUUGAUGGAGUCCUGGACCUCACCAAGAGAUGCCUCAAAAGUUACUGGUCAGACAGGCUCAUCAUGGGCUUCAUCAGCAAGCAGUACGUGUGCAAACUGCUGAGCAUGGAGCCGGACGGGACCUUCCUGCUCCGCUUCAGCGACUCCGAGAUCGGGGGCGUCACCAUCGCUUACGUCAUCCGGGGCAAGGACGGCUCCAGCCAGGUGGAAAACAUCCAGCCCUUCUCUGCCAAGGACCUGUCCAUCCGCUGCCUCGGCGACCGGAUCCGGGACCUGGGGCAGCUCCGUAACCUGUACCCCAACAUCCCCAAGGACCAGGCGUUUGGGAGUCACUACAACAAAGAGCAGACAGGCAAGGACGGCCGGGGCUAUGUCUCCACUGCCAUCAAGAUGACCGUGGAAAGAGAAAGGGACCAGCAGCCUCCAAGCACCGUGGGGGCCCCUCCCGAGGCUCCCCAGGCACCGAUGUUCAACCUGCCCGUGCUGCAGCACGAGCUGCGCCCCGAGAGUCUGCAGCCACUGCUGGCCCCCAUCUGCCCCCCCACUCCGUUCUGCCCCCAGCCCAUCCCCACGGGCUACCCCGCUGUUGAGAGCAAUAUCAUGAUGGUCCCCAACAGGCUCACCUCCCCGUUCCACAGCCCAUCACCCAUGGUCUCGCCUCCCUCGCUGUCCCACUGCCAGGACCCUGCCUUCAGGCCCUCCGGACCCUUCAUGCCCAACCAGUACAUGCCUGGGGAGGUCUCGCAGCUGCUGCCCGCGGGUCCCUCUGCGGAGCCGCAGGACGAGGAGAUGCCCGAGCUGCCCCCGUUCCAGGCCGUGGAGGAUGCCUCGCUGCAGAGCCCCCCGCGGUGGAUGUCACCCGGCAUGGAGCAGUCAUCAGCCUCGGAGUUGGAGCAGCUCCUGCAGGAGGUGCCCCUGUUGCCCCCCUUCGCGCCCCUCCCGCAGCACAGCGGGUACCCCAAUUCCAGCCUGUCCUCCUGGGGGCUGGGGGAGGCGCGGUGGGAUGACAGCAUCCGGCCGGGACACGCGUGA